AUGAGGGUGGCCCUCCUUUUUUCCCUGAGCCUGCUAUUCCUCGCAGCGCAUGAUGUUCUGUGCAGCAAAAAAAAAGGAAAACUUCUUGGAAGUUUUCCAAAGAGUAGCAACUUAGUGGAGUACCUCUCCUUUUUAGCCGAGGAUGAAUACAAAACAUUGUUGCAAGAGGUAGACAGCGAAUUAUUCAAUAAAAUAAAAAAAAAAGAAAUAGUGACCAAGGAAAAUAUAGCGUCGACCUUAAAAUUACUAGAUAAGAAAUAUAAAGAAAUUGACGAUGGAGCUAAAAAGCGGGCAAUAGCAAAUAUCAUUAUUGAUAUUAGGGAGGCUCUUCAGAAAAAUAUCCCCCAAGUGGACCAAAACAACGAAGAUGUGGAGAGCAAAAAAGAGCUAAACAAAAGCAACUUUUUACUUAAACUAGAAAAUACAUAUAUCAAGAGAGACUUAGCCAAUUUUAAAAAAAUUACAGAAGACAUAUCUAUAAGAAAAUCCUACUUGGAUAAAAAAUUUAAAAUGUGUGGCAUAUCGAGUGAACAGUUUUUAUAUGGAGCCCCCGGAAAAAUCAACCUAUCAGAUAGUAGCAUAAGAGAGAUAGAUUACCCUCUCUUCAUUAACAUUAUAAAUAAGGAUGCAUGUCAAGAUGAUCUAUCCUCAAGUAGCAGUAGCUCCUUCCAAUCGAUCCAGCUUAACAAAUUUAUCGAUCUGUACAAACCCGUUCUUGAUUUCAACCUAGAACUGCUAGAAAUUGCACUGAAACAUGAAAUGAAGGCAUAUGAAGACUCAAAGAAGGAGAUCUUUUUCCUCAUUCGAGACCAUUAUAAAAAUUAUGGAGAAGUGAAGAAGUUCCUGCUGAACAUCCCAAUGAGCAAACUUCCUGAUUCUAAGCCAAAUGAUGAAAUGAAAAAAGAAAUCACGGAAUAUAACAGGAUCUUUACCUACUCUGGGGGAAUUUCCGAGGGGAACAGCAAACCGGCUGAUAGGCACAUCCUCGGUAGACAUGCUAAGGAACCUGUAUACAUUCAACCCAAGAGAUUUAAAAGAAUUAUAAAAAUUCCCGUGAAGAGAAAAAAAAAUUUUACAAAUUAUAAAACACAUAUUAAGGUCAAAUCGCCUGUCAAAGUUGGCCAACUGUUUCUUAGGAAGAAAGAAAAUUUUGAGCAAGACAAAAAGAAUAUAUGCGAGUAUCACAUAUUUUUAAACAAGUGUCAAGAGAAAGAAGACGAGGUAGGAGCUGACGCUGUUGCAGACGCCAUUGCAGAUUUUGAUACGAAGACUGUGCCAGUGGAACACAUAACAGUGUCCAGCCCCCACACAAGCGGUAGCAAUAUUUUAAAAAUGAUAAGAAUUAGAAAGUUUUUUUCUAAAGAUUCCACGGGGGAUGAAAUUGAAAAGGAUCAUCCACAACCGUUAGAACAUGAAGGACAAGGUACACCACCCUGUCCAGAAAACUCCCAGUACAUUAGGGAUGGUUACUUUUAUGCCAUCCCCCUAAUCCACUUUAACUACCCAUCAGGUAGUAUGUACUGUAUACCCUGUUCUAGCUAUGAUAAAAGUACAUAUGAAAAGUGCGAUUUCAGGGAUCAUUUUAUCAAUCUCAAUUAUGGCAACAACUGCCUUGUAUGUGUCCCCACUGGUGCACUUAACACUUGCAUCUGUAAUGUGAAUACGAUGAACAGGUCAGCUCAAGAAAUACUGGUGAAACAUCCGCAGGUUAUUUUGCAUCACCCGCAUGAUCAGAGUUGUAUGUACAACAACGUAUGCACCAGUUGUGCCCAUCCCAGUAGUAAAACCUUUAGCCUUUUUCAGAGAAGCUAUAUUUGCCCGCAUUGUAAAUUAAGGAGAUCGCCCAAGGGGGAAGAUUCCAUUGGUGGACAUUUUACUGAGAUGCCAUCCUGCAAGAGUCAGCAGGGCGCGUUCUCCGGACAGGGCGUGUCGAAUUUUACCAUCCUUGAUGAUGAUGAGGAUGACGAUUACAUGCGGGGAAUAGUGACCUCUGGGAAAAAAGUGGACGAUAAGAAGAAAACGCAUUCAGAUGAGAAGCCACAUGGUGAGAAAGGACGAGACCAACCAAAGGAUCCAAGUGAAAACGAUCAGCCAAAAGAAAGAUAUUUCAAAAAGACGUACAAGAUAGACAUAAAUGCAAACGAGUACGACGAAGAAGAACAGAGAUCCCCCAAUAGGGUGGUGCCCCUAAGCAGCGAUUUCUUCGAUGAAGGCAACGUAAAGAGGAAAGAUGGGGCCCACGAUGAGGAUGAGGAGGACGACGAGGAGGUUGAAGACGAAGAAGAGGAGGAUGAGGUAAAAGAGGGGAAGAAGGACACGGAGAAAGGUGGAGAAAAGGAGGGGGAAAAUGGACCAGAUGUCAUCGGAGAAGACGAGGAAAACGAAGCAGAUGAAGAUGAUGACGGAAACGAUGAAGAUGGAAUUAGAAGGAAGGAAAAAUUAUCAAUCAAGGAAGGAGAUAACCAAAUGAACGAGCCUGACCUGCGUAUGAACAACAAAGGAACGGCAAAGAAACGCCAACGAAAAGAUGACGAAGCGGGUAAGGGGGACGUAAAGCGAGAGGACAAAACUCAUGUCACGGGUAAAGAUCUCGAAAUGGAAGAAGAGGAUGAUGCCAUCCUAGAUGACACGAAUAUUUACGAUUUUGGAGAAAUGCUGAAGAGCGACAAGCACAUGAACUAUUUUAAGGACCUCUAUUACAGCACUGUCCAUAACAAAGACAGUAAUGAAAACAGGGAAGAAGAGAAGAGCUUCCUCCUAAACUUGAGGUUUUUAUAUAAGACUACAUUCUUUACCAGGAAGAGGACAGUUGUAAGUGCCUUUUUGAAAACGCCUAAUUUAGACGUCCAGUACAACAAGGGGAAAAUCCUCUUUUUAUUCAAAAAUUUGUUCAGCAAAAUUUUUAAAGACGUAGAUUAUAAAAUUAAGGAAUCGCUAGUUCAGAUGAUCCCGGUGGUGGAGAGUGAUGAAGAGGAGGAUGCAGAACUAACCGGGUUCGAUAUGGAUUUUGGAAAAGUAAAGGAGCAUUAUGCUGGUUCGAUUAACAUGUUUAGGCACUCCGUUUUUGACAUACACAAUAUGGCUAUUUAUUUUAUUGGGCCAGAUGAAAAGUACAUUCUUCUCGAGGACAUCAUCAGAGAGAUACACCAAGAAAGGGAGGGUAAACCCUCCGAUGGGGUUGUGACACGCUACGAAGAGGGGGACACCCAGGAGGGGGAGACGUUCCCCGGAGAGGAAGCGGUGGAGCAGGUGUCAAACGGAGAGGUGAAUGAGACUGAUCAAGCGGAACAAGCGAAACAAGCGAAACAGGAGAAGGAAGCAGAACGAGUGGGAACGGACAAGGACGAAGGCGAAAACCGGGAGAAGGAGGACCAGAAUGGGAGCUCUCAGAAAGGUGAACCUGACCAGGAGAAGCGCGCAGAAUCAGAUCAGGAGAAAGGAAAAACAGACCAAGAAAAAGACAAAGAAAACCAAGAGAAAGACAAAGAAAACCAAGAGAAAGACAAAGCAAACCAAGAGGAAGGCGAAGCAAAACAGGAGAAAGGCAAAACGAAACAGGAGAAGCACAAGUCAGAGAAGGCGAAAAAAAAAGCGGACAAGCUGAAACUGAAAAAGGCAAAGCUGAAUCAGGAGGUGGAAAAGUUGAAGCCGAAGGAAGAGGAGACGAAGCCCAUGCUGGGUGGAGAGACGCAAGGUGAAGAAGCAAAAUUAACGGACAAACCAACCGAAAAAACAGAGGACGUCUCCCCCAGUGGAAAGGAAGCAGAAAGCGAAAAGGGCCAACAGGAACACAAUGCAGAAUUCCUGAAAAUCCUAUCGAAUUAUGGAAGUCUGCUCUCCAAGGAGGACAUGAGCGUGAUCAAAGACAACAUAAAUAAUCUGGUCGUCGACAAAAGGAUAAUAAACGGAGGAGAAAUCAUAGAAAUUAUUAUAAAAAGGAAUGAGCCCAAGCGAGAGAAAGAACAGGUGGACGAAAGUAACGAUAAGUACGAAUCCAUUUCCAUUGAUGGUGAUGAAGGUGUAGACACAAUUAACGAAACAGUGAAAAAGUACAUGGAAAAAUAUUUCAGCGUUCACAAUAUACCCAUAUAUUAUAUAGAAAAUGGGAAAAUUUCAAAAAACACCAUCCAUGUCACAUCGGAUGUUAACUGCAAUUUGGACAUGCUCAAGAUGAGCAUCCUCGGAAUCAGCAACAUUACGGACAAGUCGAUAGAUCAGUUUAAUUUUUUCCUCGUCCCGAAGGAAGUCGAGUUUUACAACCCAAGCGUAUUUCAGGAAAUUCCGCACUCCAUCGGGAACGUGCAAGAUUUGCAUAACUAUAGCAGAUCGAUGGGGCGAAAAAUAGUGAUUGCUUCGGUUGAUGAGAAAGACAUGGACAGUAUAAGACCCAAAAGUUUCGACUACUUGUACGAGUCGAAUAGAGAAGGUGAGGAGUUCGUCCCGGGGGAGGAGGAGUUCGUGCAGGCGCUCGCUGCAUCAGAAGUGACCGACGACAAGGCAACCCUGGGAAGCGAAAUUACCCUUAGCAAGAAGAGUAAGCAUAUCGUACCUGAUGAGAAACCCCCAACGCGAAGUUACGAAGAGAGCGAAAUCGAGUAUAUAAACAAAGAAAUAACCAUUUUGGAAGAUGAAGAAUUGUACAGAAAGGGAAGUUAUUACAGCUUCUUUGAAAUUUACCUGGACAACCCGAAUAGGAAAGUGAACGUCUACAACGCACCGAUUCAGAAGACGUAUAACUUGCAUCUCUUCGCAGUGGACCUUAUGAACAAAAUAGUGCACGUGCCGUCCACAUUUAUAAAUACCAACUCGUACAAGAAGGGCAUGUCCAUCCUGGACAUAUACACUUGCUUGGAAUAUUUCUCCUUUAACAGAGAUACGAACGUUAUUAGUUCGAUUAUUUACGACAAAUCGGUCACCUUAUAUGAAAUUCUGAAGCACCUGAAGGAGAAGGACGAACAUCUGCUCAUUCGAAAUAAGAGGACGGAAGACUGUGAAGACGUGGACGAUUUGAAAAAUGUAAAAAUUCCACAAUCCGUAAAUUUAAAGGAUUCCAAAAUAAUACAUUUGGAAAUACCAAUAUUUUAUCUAGAUGAACAGUCCUACUUUUAUCAUGACAGAUUAACGCUGAUGAAUGUGCCAGAAAAUAUGACCGCAUUGGAUUUGUCCAAUUUGGUGAAGAAUAUAAUUAACGCUAAAUUGAUUUCCUACAACAUAAAUACCCUUAAGGAUUUACAAAUUUUUACCAUCCGGGAGAAGAAGUGGGAAAAUGUGGAUGACAAGUUAACCGUCAGUGAAUUAAAAAUGAACCACAAUGAUUUGUAUACGCUUUUUAUUAGGAAAAAAUUUUUGUCGAAAAACAACUUCCAGAUUUUAGCUAAUUUGGAAAUCGAUUUAGCCGAUAGUAAUAUCUACAUAAAGAAGCUGGACAUUUACAUGAACUAUAAUUUUGGUCCGUAUAGCUUGCACCAUUUAUCACUCUACAUUGACUCUAACAAUUUGAAGCACCUGGUGCUGAGAAAUACGAAUGCAUUCAUUUCGGACUCCUUUUUGCGCGAGUUUUUCUUUGUGUAUAGCAGGAGGCACCCGGUGGGGGGUGGUUACAAAGUGGCGCACCCAGAACAGGACAGCGCACCUUCGGUGAACUACCAACUCAGCACCGGUCAAUUCAGUAGCGAUCAACUGAACAGCGGAGAUAACUCAGAAGUGCACAUCGACGACGAGGAAGAAUCCAAAGGGGGGGAUAAAAAAAUAGCUUUCCUCUUCCUCCUCAAUAUGCUUAGCAGGUUCUACAAGAUAAAAUUCAGUGCGAGCAGAAUGGUGGAGACCGUCCUGGCGUCGCUGCUAGAACUGAGCGGGAAAGACUCAGUCGAAAACCCACUACUGGAAGUGAAAAAGUCGUCAAAGAAGACCAAAAAUUUGGAACUCUACCUAGGGACCAACUCCAAAAAGAUAUCAGUAAAGAAUGUACCCCUAUCCCUAUUGGUGUGGAAAUUUAUCAACAUACUGAUGAGAGGAUCCUUCAACAUCCCCGUGGAAGAAAAAGAAAAGUUGUACAAUUUAUUUGUAAUCGUACCGAGGGAUAAGGAAAAGGUGAAGAACCACGACUACUACUUUAGCUCCAUCCCUGGGUAUACCAUAGAAGAAGUGCUAAAAAUUAUAGAAAAGGACAACCUACUUCUGAUGAAGGCAUACCCAGAUCACCUCAACCAUAUUCGGAAUAGCGAACAUUUCGACUCGUAUAUGAUGUUCCCUCUUGAUUCGCUACCCUCCGUCAUCGACUUUAACAACCCGGUUGGGUCUCUAAGCUUUUACGUUAACUACAAAAAUGAAAAAAAAAUUACACACAUUAUUAACGUGCCAGAGAAGAUAACCACAGAUAAACUGCUCAAGAGUAUCCUGCUAGAUAUGUACUCCAAGUGGCAGAAAUUGCCAAAGGAUGAGAAGAUUAAAUUUUCGCUUUACGUGGACAACGACGAAAUAACGGAUGCAAAAAAAAAAAGUGACCAGAAAAAGUCUAAAAAGAAUUACGUCGAUUUGGACAAAAUAACAGAAGUAGAUACGAUAAACGUUUCUGAUGCAGAAUUGAAGACGGCUCAGCUGUACGAUAAGACAUUGAGGGAGAUCCUAGUAAAGGACUACAUCGAUUAUAAUAAUAUUUCCGUGAGUGGAUACACCCUAUCCAUUUACGUGUAUGACGGUGUGGCCUACAAACCGGUGGUCAUUUUUAACGUCCCCUUGAGCGCAACCAACAAGGACAUUAUAAACUUCCUACUGAUAAAGGCAAAUCAUAUUAACACGAAAAAAUUGGUGGACGAAUUUCUGCUGCUGAACGAAGAGUCCUUUAUUUUGAUGAAGACAAAAACCAUUGUGGAGCAAAAUGUCGUUUUCAUAGGCGAACUCACAGAACUAAUCAAUUUGGACAGAACCAAACUGUACAUAGUUCAUAAGCCCCUAUUUAACCCACUAGACGAUAUAUUCAGAAAUGUGGCAGGAAGAAAGUAUGACUUCAAGUCGGAAAAGAAUACCGUUAUAAAUGUGAGUGAGGAGAAGGGUACCCUCACCCUUAAUCUCAUGUUUAACAAAAACAAAAAAAAAGUUUUAACUGUUCUGAACAUUCCACAUAAUAUGUACAUUACAGAGUUUCUACGAUUUGUCAUUGGAUAUCAGCGAAAAUGGAUCUACAAAUAUGUCAACUUUUACCUCAUUAAGGGAAGCGAAAAGUACGUCCUAAACGAUUAUAAGGAUGUUAUACGGUAUGGAAGAACUAUCAGCGAAAUUUUCAAAAUGUGUAAAUCUGGAGACCCAUGUACCCUUCACAUUGAAUUUAUGGGUCAUGACUCAGCCAACAAGUUGAAGAAGGAAAACCUAGACAACAAAGACAGGGGAAAUGUAGUCAUAAAGGAGUUAAGAAGUAAACUUAUGGCAGACGAAAUUGACAAUAAAAAACUAGACAUCUCCGUUGUCUGCUUCGAAUACAAUGCAGGCCUCUACGAGAAGCACCUUUUUGGAGCAUCCAGAAUUUGUAACAUUCCGAAAAAUUACACCGUGGCGGAUGUACUGGCCUACGUGAAGAAAAAGUUGAAAGAAGAAACGAAGAUGAAAAAUGUGGAUGACCUACAACUUAGAAUUAUAUUUAACGAAUCUUAUGUAACCAUACCAGCCGAACUGAACAUGGAAUAUGUGAUAAAUUACUACUUUACUAAUGCGCCGUCUAUUGUUUCCGUCUCGGAGAAGGAUGAACUAUUGAACCUUGUGCAUGUGACUCUCCACGAUACCGUCAUAGACAUAAAGAAUGACACCUUUGUGAAGAAGAGCAUACCGCUGUACAUAAAAAAAGGAAGACAUUUGCAAAACGUGAAAUUGAAAAAUAUUCCUUUUGGCAUUACGGAGGACAACUUAGUUACCUACCUGCUAAAUUAUUUAACAAAAAAUGCAGAAGUGAUUAAAUUUAUGAAAGACAACACGUCAGUUUGUAUCUACCCGAAUUGUAACCCUGUGUAUGUCCACUUGGAGAAGAAGCAGCUCUCCUUCGUUGCGUCUUUAUCAUACCACAUCGCCAAGAAGAAAAUCAUCUAUUUGUCUACAGUCGAAUCGCAUGAAAAUUUCUACAGCCAAAUGAGUCACUUCGAAUUCAACUUUGAAAAAUCUCAAUAUUUUAGCGAAACAAAAGCCAACAAGAAAAACAAUAACCCAGAUGUCCUAAUGAACAUCGAUGUGAAUAUUCACUUCCCAAAUGUGCAUAAAACUAUUCGAGUGAAAAAUUUCAACAUGGACAUGGAGAUAGAAGAUCUGCUAAGCAAAACGUUUCAAUCUAUAACGACGAAGAGUUACAAGUGGAAGGAUCUGUUCACCUUUGUUGGGAGCAAUUCCAAGUAUAACCAUAAUGGUCUGGGGAAAGACAAACCAGAGGGAAACUACCAGGAAGAUAAGAAGGCAAAAACGUUUAAGGACCAGCUGUACGAAGAAGGAAACAUCACCUUCAUCUUUAAAUCGGAGCAUAAUGCAAUACAUGAUUAUUUAAUUUCCAGAGUUAUCUACAUGCCUGCUAUGAUAAACUACCAGACAAAAUACAUCUCCCUAAAAACGAGCAUUAGCGGUUUUCACAACAAUUCCACGACGUUGUAUGGGUUCCCAAGUUACUUAACCCCUGCAUUCACACUCACCAUAGUGCAAUACAAUUUUUUCAAACUGAUAGGGAAGACGUACUUGGACCUCUUCGGGUGUUCGUACGAUGAUAGGUUUAACGAAGAGGAUCCGUAUGAUCAUACGCAAAUCGCAUUAAAAAAGAGAGACCCCAUUUUGAAGGAUUCCCUCAAGGGAGAAAGCAAAAAGGAGAAAAUGAGACUUAUCAUGAGGGUCAGAAAGAAGGAUGUGAAAUACAUCGACACAAUAAAAGAUUUGACAACCUCCGAAUUAAACAUAGAAUGUCAGAAGUUAGAAAAUGAGGAAGACAUGGAGGAGUGUACCGAUAUGAUAUCAGCUCUCAACACGUCGUCCAUAUUCUGGAGGAGUAGCGUCUUAGGUUUUAUGGCAAAUUCAGUGGUCAUCCGGGAUAAUUACAACAACACGUUGAUGCUGCCAUACAUUGACUUCCGAGUGAAUGAAAAAAUUCUUCUCCAAAAUAUUUUGUGCCACAUUAACUUGUCGCCUUACUUGUAUAAGCUCUUCGAAUUGACCCACAUUGAUAAGAAAGGAAUUAGUUUUAAGAAAGGACUGAAAAAUAGCGUGCCUCAUAUUCAGUGUUUGCUAUCUUACGGGUUCAGCAUUUACUUCGAUCUGAGUCACAACAACAAGUUGGAUAAUUAUUACGGGUUCCAAAUGGGGGGAGUAGAAUCUUUCGACAUAACCCAAGUACAUUCCUUCCAAAAUUUACAUGAACAACAUUUUGUGGAAUUCUUUCUUCACAAUUCGGAUGGAACACAUGUGUUUGUGAAGAAUGUAUAUAGAGACAUGACUGUAUCCACUCUCAUCAAUGAGCUGUCCAAGGCAAGAUAUCACAUCCACGGGGUGAAGUACAACGAGGUGUCCUCCUUCUAUAAGCUCAUCUACAUCCUAGACGGAAAGGAUGUAUUCGAAAUAAAGCCAGACGCAUCCAUCGAGGACGUGUAUGACAUUGUGCUGAGGUACUCCAAGUCGAAUUUUCUCCUCAAAGUGGUGAAGAAGGAUGAUCAAAGGGGAAGCGAUCGUACCGGUGAUGACGGAAGUAGCAACCUCGCGUUGAGUGACAUGCCCGAGAUGCACCUCAGCUCGUACCCCUCCAUCGUCGACCUGAGCCAAAACAACUUCCAAGUUGUGAUGUACCUCCAGCUGAAGGCACUGGAAAACAACAACCUCUUCAGAGACCCAACUACCCCCAAAAUUAUUAUCAACAACGUCCCUUCCAGCACCUUUAUUGUUUCCAUCAAGGAAUACCUCCUCAUUUUAUUUAAGGACUAUUUUGAGCGCCUAGAACUUUCCCAAAAUCUCCACACCAGAUUUUACGAAUUUGAAAUAAACCUAGUAAUAGUCAGCAUGAACCCCGUCACGAAAAAGAUACAAGAGCUGAACGCGAACAUUCUGAGCAACCUCACUGUGUCCAAUUUUUACAGCGUCUACUACAACGCUGGUUUGGUUCUACAGCUAGACAAGGUCAAGAUUUUCAAGCCCAAUUUUUACGAUGACUUUAUUAAACACUUUUCCUCCGUCGUUAUUGACUUUUCUUACGAGUCGCUGCAAAGGAGAUGA